AUGCAGGUAAGUGAAAAGGAAGAAGAUGAUACUGAAAAGAGGGACGAUCCAGCUGAUAACUGGGAAGAAGGUGGAGGUGGCAGUGGUGGCAUAGAAAAAUCUGCAGGUCCCUGCAACAAAACAGCUCCAGUACAAGCAGCUCCCGCUCCAGUAGUUGUUACAGAAACUCCAGAACCAGUGAUAUCUAGUGGUAUGUAUAGGCCAUCUGGAGCCAGGCUAACCACAAGCAGGGAAACGCCACAGGGACCACCAGAGACCUACAGUGACACACAGUUUCCAUCCCUGCAGUCCACUGCUAAGCAUGUAGAAAGCUGGAAAUACUGAGCCUCCAUCAAGGUUGACUGCCUCAGAUUUGCUGCUAUCAUUGUGGACUUCCUGUGGAUGCCAGCUUCUGGAUAAGAAGGUUAUAGCUAUUGGGUGUUGAUGUGAACAUUGAAACUAGCCCUGCCGGGUUCCUGUCAGAAACCCUACAGAAAGUCAGCAGCCUGGGUUCUGAUCUGCUGUAAAAGACGAAGAUUUAAGUGACCUUAAUUGACUUGUCCUGUGCCCUACCCAGAAGAAAUACUCAGCAGUAGGCUGUGGCCACAUACAUCUUCCUGGAACACACUGCUUUCAAAAGACCUGCUUGUUCCCAUCAUCUUUAGGGCUGUGGUUCAUCCUCUCAACCAAAGUUGUAUUCCAAGGUAACCAAAUU